AUGGGGGCGCGGCAGUGGGCCCAGGGCCCCCGCCCGAGCCCAGCCCUGCUGGGAGCCCCAGCCAGCACCACGGACGGCACCCAGGAAGCCCGAGUCCCCCUGGACGGGGCCUUCUGGAUCCCCAGGCCCCCAGCUGGCUCUCCCAAAGGCUGCUUUGCCUGCGUGUCCAAGCCCCCAGCCCUGCAGGCUCCAGCGGCCCCAGGCCCUGAGCCCUUGGCCUCGCCCCCCAUGGCGCCCACCCUGUUCCCCAUGGAGUCCAAGAGCAGCAAGACAGACAGCAGCGUGCGGGCCACAGGGGCCCCAGCAGCCUGCAAGCAUGUGGCUGAGAAGAAGACCAUGACCAACCCUGCCACCGUCAUCGAGGUCUACCCGGAUACCACGGAGGUCAACGACUACUACCUGUGGUCCAUCUUCAACUUCGUCUACCUCAACUUCUGCUGCCUUGGCUUCAUCGCCCUGGCCUACUCCCUCAAAGUCCGAGACAAGAAGCUUCUCAACGACCUGAAUGGGGCAGUGGAGGAUGCCAAGACCGCCCGGCUGUUCAACAUCACCAGCUCCGCCCUGGCCGCCUCCUGUAUCAUCCUGGUUUUCAUCUUCCUGCGGUACCCACUCAGCGACUACUGA